UGGCGCUGCGUCUCCGCCUUCACAGCUGCAGCUUUUUCUAGGCUCGGUGCUAGACCAGAGCAGGAGUGACUCCCAUAGUCCCCGGCCAAGAAAAUGUUGGCCUAGGACUGGCGCGAACGGAGCGCGCUGGUUUCCUGCUUCCGCGAGGCCGAGCCUGCUGUACUGCAGGGCCCGUCUCCAGAGCGAGCACAGCCGGGCGCCUGGACCAGCCCCCGAGCGCGCACGCGCGCUGUGUAGCUCCGGGUGGAGGCCGGAGUUGACGUUAGCCAUGGAAACCGAGAGCUGGCCCGAGCGGGGCCACGGUGAGCUUGCUCUGCCGCCUUAGCUUCUCUGCCUCCGCGCUCGGGCAAUAGCUAAUCUCCCCGCGGGAGCGUCCAGCCCGGGUUUACCUGCAAAAAUGCAGUUCCCGGGAUGCCUUCGCGUCUCCUCUUCCCUCGGGUGAUUUGAGAAACUGCUGUGUUACAGAAAAGCAUGUGACUUUCAGAAUAAUCCCGAAUGAUGAUGAGUCCAGAUGUGCCUCUACUGAACGAUUACAAGCAGGACUUCUUUCUGAAGCGCUUUCCACAGACUGUUCUUGGAGGCCCUCGAUUCAAAUUAGGCUAUUGUGCUCCUCCUUACAUAUAUGUUAAUCAAAUUAUUCUCUUUCUAAUGCCAUGGGUUUGGGGUGGAGUUGGAACACUUUUGUACCAGUUAGGCAUCCUGAAAGAUUAUUAUACAGCAGCACUUUCAGGUGGAUUAAUGCUUUUUACUGCAUUUGUCAUCCAGUUCACAAGUUUAUAUGCCAGAAGCAAAUCAGCAACAAUAGAAAGAAUACUAACCACGGAUAUCUUAGCAGAGGAGGAUGAACAUGAAUUUACAAGUUGUGCUGGUGCUGAGACUGUCAGAUUUCUCAUUCCUGGCAAGAAAUAUAUACCCAAUACAGUUUUUCAUUCUGUUCUUGCUGGAUUAGUAUGUGGUCUUGGAACAUGGUAUCUGCUCCCAAAUAGAAUAACCUUGCUGUAUGGCAGUAUAGGAGGCACUACUCUACUAUUCUUCUUUGGAUGGAUGACAUUAUGUAUAGGAGAAUAUUCAUUAAUUGUAAACACAGCUACAGAGACUGCAACUUUUCAAACAGAGGAUACUUAUGAAAUUACUCCUCUUAUGAGACCUCUUUAUAUUUUUUUCUUUGUUUCUGUGGAUCUGGCACACAGGUUUAUGGUAAAUAUACCAGCUCUAGAACAAAUGAACCAGAUUUUACACAUCCUAUUUGUAUUUUUACCCUUUCUGUGGGCACUUGGGACUCUGCCCCCUCCCGAUGCACUUUUCUUAUGGGCAAUGGAGCAGGUUUUAGAGUUCGGUCUUGGAGGCUCAUCUAUGUCAACCCAACUACGGUUAUUAGUAAUGUUCAUCAUGUCUGCUGGAACAGCUAUAACAUCAUAUUUCAUUCCAAGCACUGUUGGUGUGGUUCUCUUCAUGACUGGAUUUGGUUUCCUGCUCAGUCUGAACUUAAGUGACAUAGGUCACAAAAUUGGAACCAAAUCUAAGGAUUUACCCAGCAGUCCAGGAAAACAUUUUAUAUGGAAGGAAUGCCUUUUCUACAUCAUUGUAUUAGUCUUGGCUCUUUUAGAAACUAGUUUGCUUCAUCACUUUGCUGGCUUCUCACAGAUUUCCAAAAGCAGUUCCCAGGCUAUUGUGAGCUAUGGUUUGAUGAUAUUACUUAUAAUACUGUGGAUACUUAGGGAAAUUCAAAGCCUGUAUAUCUUUGGAAUUUUCCGAAAUCCUUUUUAUCCGAAGGAUGUUCAAAUAAUGACUGUAUUCUUAGAGAAGCAAACUAGGCUCAUGAAGAUUGGUAUUGUGAGACGGAUUUUGCUAACUUUAGUAUCACCUUUUGCUAUGAUAGCAUUUCUUUCAUUGGACAGUUCCUUACAAGGGCUCCACUCAGUGUCUGUCUCUAUUGGAUUCACAAGAGCUUUUAGAAUGGUAUGGCAGAACACAGAAAAUGCUUUAAUAGAGACAGUUAUUGUAUCAACAGUACACUUGAUCUCCAGUGCAGACAUAUGGUGGAACAGAAGCCUGGAUACAGGAAUCAGACUCUUACUGGUUGGUAUCAUACGUGAUCGUUUGAUUCAGUUCAUCUCUAAAUUGCAGUUUGCCGUGACUGUUCUUUUGACAUCAUGGACAGAGGAAAAACAACGUCGAAAAAGAACUACUACCUUAUGUAUACUCAACAUUGUCUUUUCUCCAUUCGUCUUGGUCAUCCUAGUUUUUUCUACACUACUCUCUUCUCCCUUACUCCCCCUUUUCACCCUUCCUCUGUUCUUGGUGGGGUUUCCCCGACCUAUUCAGAGUUGGCCAGGAGCAGCAGGCACCACAGCCUGUGUGUGUGCAGAUACAGUGUACUACUACCAAAUGGUCCCCAGAUUGACUGCUGUGCUGCAGACUGCAAUGGCAGCUGGAAGUUUAGGCCUCCUCCUACCUGGAUCUCAUUACUUGGGCCGUUUUGAGGAUCGUUUAAUAUGGAUAAUAAUUCUGGAAUGUGGCUAUACGUACUGCUGUAUUAACAUUAAGGGGUUAGAAUUGCAGGAAACAUCCUGUCAUACUGCAGAAGCUCGCAGAGUUGAUGAAGUUUUUGAAGAUGCUUUUGAGCAAGAAUACAUAAGAGUACGUUCUCUUAAUAAGCACUUUGGAAAUGUCUUGACACCCUGUACUGUUUUGCCUGUGAAAUUAUAUUCUGAUUCCAGGAAUGUUCUAUCAGGCAUAAUUGAUGCUCAUGAAAACUUAAAAGAAUUUAAAGAUGACCUCAUUAAAGUACUUGUGUGGAUACUUGUUCAGUACUGCUCCAAAAGGCCUGGCAUGAAAGAGAGUGGUCACAACACUGAAAAUAAAGGGAAAGCACCUCUAAUCUUGCCUGCUUUGAAUACUUCACUGCCUCCUGAAUCCCCAGAAGACAUAGAUAGUUUAAAUUCAGAAACUUUUGAUGACUGGUCUGAUGAUAAUAUUUUUGAUGAUGAGCCAACUAUCAGAAAAGUAAUAGAAGAAAAACAUCAGUUGAAAGAUUUGCCAGGUACAAAUUUGUUUAUCCCAGGAUCAGUAGAAUCGCAGAGGGUUAGUGAUCAUUCUACAGGCACAGUUCCUGAAAAUGAUCUUUACAAAGCAGUUCUAUUAGGAUACCCUGCUGUUGACAAAGGAAAACAAGAAGACAUGCCAUAUAUUCCUCUCAUGGAGUUCAGUUGUUCACAUUCUCACUUAGUAUGCUUACCUGCAGAGUGGAGGACUAGCUGUAUGCCUAAUUCCAAAAUAAAGGAGAUGAGCUCGUUAUUUCCAGAAGACUGGUAUCAAUUUGUUUUAAGGCAGUUGGAAUGUUUUCAUUCAGAAGAAAAGGCUUCAAAUAUACUGGAAGAAAUUGCAAAGGACAAAGUUUUAAAAGAAUUUUAUGUUCAUACAGUAAUGACUUGUUAUUUUAGUUUAUUUGGAAUAGACGAUAUGACUCCUCGUCCUGGUCAUAUAUUGAGAGUUUACAGUGGCGUUUUGCCUUGGUCUGUUGCUUUGGACUGGCUCACAGAAAAGCCAGAACUGUUUCAACUAGCACUGAAAGCAUUCAGGUAUACGCUGAAACUAAUGAUUGAUAAAGCAAGUUUAGGUCCCAUAGAAGACUUUAGAGAAUUGAUUGACUACCUUGAAGAAUAUGAACGUGACUGGUACAUUGGUUUGGUAUCUGAGGAAAAGUGGAAGGAAGCAGUUUUACAAGAAAAGCCAUACUUGUUUUCUCUGGGGUAUGAUUCUAAUAUGGGAGUUUACACUGGGAGAGUACUUAGCCUUCAAGAAUUAUUGGUCCAAGUGGGGAAGUUAAAUGCUGAAGCUGUUAAAGGUCAGUGGGCCAAUCUUUCAUGGGAAUUACUUUAUGCCACAAAUGAUGAUGAAGAACGUUAUAGUAUACAAGCUCAUCCACUACUUUUAAGAAAUCUUACAGUACAAGCAGCAGAUCCUCCCCUGGGAUAUCCUAUUUAUUCUUCAAAACCUCUCCAUAUACAUUUGCAUUAGAGCUCGUUUUGACUUGUCAUGUCAUCACAUGCAGAGUUUUUAUUUUUUCAUUCUAAAAAGUAAGUGUGGUUUUUGUAACUUCAUUAGACUUCUCCCUGCCCCAUUCAAAUGCCUGAGAACAGCUAAGAUCCGUAAAGUUGGUUCUCUUAGCCAUCUUAAUGGUUUUAAAAAGCAACAAAAUCAUCUUUAUGUCUAACAUAAAAGUAUAGAACGAUUUGGCUAUUAUUUGUGCCCUCUGUACUUUAGUAGGCUUUGGUAAAAUAUGAUAAAACAUUUGUAUAAUCACUACAUAAUGAAUUGUUUAAUGCUUUCUUAAAUGUGUGAUAGGUGAGUUGCCAUACUAAGUUAACAGCUAUGUAAUUUUUACAUACUUAAAAGAUAUGCAUAUCAGUAUUCUGAGUAAUGAUAAUGGAUCUUGUUCAAGGAUAACAUAAUGUAUAUAUAUUUGUUUGAAAUAUAUUUAUAGUGUUUUCCUAUGUGCUGUUUUAUUUUAUCAUCUAAUAUUGUCUAAAUGUUUUUAGACAAAGCAUGUAGUUUCCUUUCAUAGACUUCAAUUCCUUUCCUUUCAUAGACUUCAGUUCACAAAUAUCCUUUUCAUAUAUAUGAAAGGAGCAGGGUUUAUCCCAUUCAUCAUGUGAAUAUUCACAGGAAGAGCAAUGUUAGGGUAAUCUGCAUAUGACUACUAGAGCAUAGAUUUGAAUCAUUAUAUAUUUCUUUCAACUGAAUUAACUGCUUCUGAAAAAAUAAUUUACCCAACAGGACUACCAGUCACUAGUUUCUUAAGGUAUAUGAACUAAAGUCAGAAGGAGAUGAGAAGAAAAUUUUUAUAAUGUGAUCUGAAUUUUAUUUUCAUUCUCUUCUUGCUUAGGAACUUUUUACAAAUACGUGUAAAGGGGAUUAACAAUGAAUCUGCAUCAGUUGAGAGAUCAGAUUUCUGUAGUUCUUACUUAAUUUCCAUUGAAAUCAAUAGGAGCCCCCUAGAUCUGUAAUAGAGUAAUGCAUUCUCUUUAGAAAUCAUGCAAGUUUUAUGAAAUGUAUCAGUUAAACUGUUAAUAUUCCAUUUAUUUAGUAUGUGGACCAAUUUACUCUAAUAAUGUUAAAGGAUAACUUUUUGGACCAUUUUUCAGAUAAUGAAUUCAAGAGAUCUGUAUGUUAACCUUUUUUUUUUUUGGAGGUAAUAUAGUUAUUAAGAUUUUGUAUUACUCUGAGUUCACAUCUCAGACUUAUGAUUUAAUUUAUAUAAUUGAGAUUUACUAGCUGUACACCUUUAUAUCUUCAUCAUGUAGAAAUAUUUUCUCAUGUCAUUAAAAGUACUUGAUAAUUAUCA